AUGGGUUGCUACAACAGCAAGGCAUGUAGCCCAGACUCCCAGAGAAAGAAGAAAAACAAAGUAAAACAAGGAAAGAAGAACUCAAAGGAGAUCGGUGCUCAGGAUGGAAGUGGAAAACUCCCAUUGGACGAGCUUUGCGCCGGCGUGGAGAAGCGUCUGGAGCAGUACGUGUGGCAGGUCAAGGUCCUCCAGGAUGCUUUGGAGGCUGAAGGAAACCUGGAGAGGGACAAGCUGCUGAAGACCAAUCUCCAUGGAGAUCUCUGCCUGCUAGUCCACAGCAUCACUGAAAAGGUAAAGCAGGACACGGCCAAUGAACUCCAAGGUCCACAUGCGGAGCAGAUGAGGAAAACCUUUGAGGAGCACACCAGCAAAUUACAAGAGUUGGAGCAACUUCACACCGAGGAGAAAAAGACCUUAACCGAGACACAUCUGGCAGAGCGGAAUGAGAUGAAGGAGCAGAUAGAGUCGCUGACAGGGGAGUUGAAGCACUUCACUGAGCUGAAGAGAAGAGUCGAGGCGUCCACCUUGAAGAAGGAUCUGCAGAGAAAUAUAGAGACACACGGCAGCCCAGGUGCAUUCUGGGAGCAAGAGCAGGAGAGUCUGUUGUUUGUCAUUGAAAUGAAGUCGGAGAGUAUACAAGAGCAGAGAAACAGACUGCUGCAGAUGGAGGCCUUGGCGGAGAAAAAGCUCUCCUUGGAGGAUCAACUCGUGCAUGUUCUGCAGCAGAACGAAGACCUUAGAGUUCGGAUGGAGAACUAUCAAACCCUUAUUCAGCAACUGUCAAAAGAACAGAGGGACCUGCAGGAGGCGCUAGAGAGGCAGUGCAUGGAGAACCAGAAGCUUUCUCAGGAGAAGGAGGAGCUCCUCUUCAAACUGUUGCACAACCAAGACUCCUCUCGCUCCUCUCGCUCCUCUUUCCACAUGUCCGCUCCCGUCCCGCAGGCCUCCGUCAGCUGA